AUGCUCUUGAAUGCAAUGCUAUCAGCAUCAACUUUUUUUCUGAUCUUGAAGAAAUUUAUAACUUUUUUAACAAAAGCAUCAAUCGAACAGCGGAGCUUAACAGCACUUACAAAUGUUGAUAACUCUGCUGAACUCAAGGUGAUCAAUGAAUUCAUGGACAGUUUGGUGUCUGACAGUGACGGUGACAAUUCUGACUACACUAGCAUUAAUUCCGGCUCAAUCACCCUCAAAAGGAAGAGGAGGAAUGGCAAAAAUAAGUUGACACUGAAGAAACUGUGUGCCACCAGAUGGUCGUCAAGAAUUAACUAUGUAAGAGCAGUGAAGAAUCGAUAUGGUGAUUUGCUCCAUGUGUUGAACAAAUUGAAAGAAAAAAGGAAAAGAUAA